UCGUCUUUUGUUAUCCAAGGUGUCCAAAAGUAUUUGUGUGCUGUUAUCGGUAUGCUACAUAAAAGUAAAACUUAUCAAGUUAAUAUCAAAAAUAGUGAUCCAGACACCAGUGAAAGGACAUAUCCAGUAUGGAUGAUAUGGAAGAAACGACGAUAUGUGGUAGCAAUAAUGACCUUUUUUGGAUUUUUCAACAUAUACGCGCUAAGAGUUAACCUCAGCGUAGGAAUAGUGGCAAUGACUACGAAACACGAAGUGAAAUUGGAAAAUGGAACUGUCACAUAUGUCAGAGAAUUUGAUUGGGACUCAAAGGUGCAGGGAUACGUACUGAGUUCAUUUUUCUACGGUUAUAUUCUCACUCAAGUCGCCGGUGGCUGGUUGGCUGCAAAAUUUGGUGGAAAACACGUCUACGGUAUUGGUGUCGCCGUAACGGGAGCCUUGACCGUGAUAUCGCCAUUCGCUGCUAAGCAAAGCUACUAUUUACUUAUAGCAAUACGUGUCAUAGAAGGCAUAUUUGAGGGAGUGACAUAUCCUUGUAUACACGCGGUGUGGGCAGAAUGGGUCCCGUUGCUGGAAAGAAGCCGCCUAGCGGCCAUAGGAUUCUCAGGAAGUUACGUUGGGACGGUCGUGGCGAUGCCGGUGUCUGCAAUAUUGGCGGAUAGAUUUGGAUGGGAAUCGAUGUUUUACGUAUUUGGUUGUGUGGCAUUACUGUGGUUUAUAGCUUGGUGCAUUAUAGUGUCAGAUUCUCCCAGCAGAGAUCCUUACAUAAGCAAUUCAGAAUUAAAACACAUUCAGGAAUCGUUAGGAGAACAACAAGUCACUCGAAUCGCAAAACAUCCUUGGAGAAGUAUUUUUACCUCGAUAUCAGUAUGGGCCAUCAUUGUGGCUCACUUUAGUGAAAACUGGGGAAACUAUACUCUAUUAACUCAAUUGCCGAUGUUUAUGAGAGAUGCACUGCAUUUUCAAUUGGCUUCGACGGGAAUAAUGUCCGCUAUACCAUACCUGGUCGUCUCUGUAGUAACGCCGAGUGGUGGUCACGUCGCUGAUUGGAUGCUAGAAAAGAAAAUCUUUAACGUCACCCAAGUUCGAAAGAUUUUUACCUGUGGAGCAUACGUUGGACAGGCGGUCUUCAUGAUAAUGGCAGUCUAUAUUUUAACACCAGCAGGAAGUAUUACAUGCGUAUCAAUUGCGGCUGGUCUAGGAGGGUUAAUAUGGGCAGGAUUUGGAGUUAACCAUUUGGAUAUCGCUCCUCAGCAUGCUAGCGUGCUAAUGGGAAUAAGCAACACUUUUGCAAGUAUACCUGGAAUAAUUAGCCCAAUUUUAAGUGGAUAUAUUGUCACAAAUGCUAGUGCGCAUGAGUGGCAAACAGUUUUUGUUAUAAGCAGCAGCGUGUACCUUUUUGGUGCCAUAUUUUAUGGUAUUUUUGCCAGCGGUGAAUUACAGCCUUGGGCGAUACAUGUCGAGGAUGAUGUUAUGGAUCAGGGACAUGAAGAACACAAACACGAGCAAAACCUCGCUCCCACGUCUAGCUAAUGCUUAUUUUGGUCCAUGUUUCCAAGGAUAACGAUUAUCAUUUUAGAAAAAAACAGUUGAAUCUGAAUAGAUUGUGUAUAUAUUAUAUCUUGGGUAUCUAGUCGAUUAAAAAAAAUUAUUUCAAAAACUUAACAAACCACAUGCGUACAUAUAAUUAGAUGUUGUCGUGUAAACCCUACGUCACGCAGACUCUUAUUUUGGCCUUAGCGCCAGCGGUAAUACUGAGGACUCAUGCAUUUUACGUGCAAAUCUGGUGUAUUUACGAAUAAACACAAGGUUAGGUUAUUUUAUUUGAAUUUGUAUCUCGU